GGCGUGGUGAGCAAUCGCAAGAGCAACACCGAUGAUGAGAGAGGAGAGCAUCAAAGCCGGGAUGCGCCAGUGGGGUCCAUGGUUGCGAGACCGUUUCAUGUCGUCGGAGUGAAUAUGUAGCACAGAUGUAUGAAUGGACAAUGGAAUCAAAAUUGCUAAAGAUACAGUGGUGAUAUGUGAAGAGUAGUAUAUACCAGUAGGUGCUUCAUGGGCAUGGAUAGAUACCUGUAGCUUGGGCGGCUAAGUUUGGGAUAGGUGCCUCUUGGCUCUUGCUUGCAUGCAGAUUGGGCCUGGUAUAGUUCCUUGCUUGCAUGCAGACUCGUGGGCCCUAGCAUAUUUCCGUGCUUGCAUGCAGACUCGUGGGGCCUGGCGUCUUUCGAGCUCCAACUCUUCUGGACGCAUUUGCGGUCCAUCUCCGGAGAAUCUGAUCCUCAGCCAAUGUGGAUCGUUGUCGAUGCGCUCUGCACACUGCCCUUGCAACUUGUGUUGUCACUGCUGUGGUGUGUCAGUUACUGGAGCACGAUUAGCCUCCACGUCAUGUCGUGGUUCUGCGGGAGUCUUUCACAGAGGGCGGACAGCUCUAUGUUGGAGCACAAUGCAGAUUUCUUCUGACUGCGAGGUCCGUG